AUGACACUCGGACCAACGCGAACAGCCACCAUUGGUUUUAUCUCCGUACACCGGCCUCAUCACAAAUAUCGAUACCAUCCUCCGCGCUGCAUUUCGCCAGGAAGGAGAAGACAUUUCAACCCAUGGCUGCGACACCCGUGGCUGGUGAGAGGGUGUGGUGGUGGUGGUGUGGAAAGAGCAGAGAAUAGGAUGGAGUUAGAGGAGGAGCAGGAGGUGGGGGAAGAGGAAGAGGAAGAGGAGGAAGAGGAGGAGGAGGAAGAGGAGGAAGAGGAGGAGGAGGAGGAGGAGGAGGAGGAGGAGGAGGAGGAGGAGGAGGAGGGAGAGGAGGAGGAGGAGGAGGAGGAGGAGGAGGAGGAGGAGGAGGAGGAGGAGGAGGAGGAGGAGGAGGAGGAGGAGGAGGAGGAGGAGGAGGAGGAGGAGGAGGAGGAGGAGGAGGAGGAGGAAGGUGAGGUGCGUGCUGCAUCCCUGUAG